UUAGUGAAAAAAACAAAGCAAAAAAAAGAAGAAAACCCAUUAAGGAUAAACAGAAACAGUUGAGCCUGAUCAUGCAGCUCCUCACGCUCCUUGCUGCUCUCUCCUCCAUCCUCCACCCUGCUCCCUCUCUGGCCCCUGCGGCCAGCGUGGCCCUCAGCCGGCUGGACCGCUGGGUCCGCUCGGGGCUCCAGGUGCUGCAGUGGGACCAGCUGGACCGCUGCCUGCGCAUGUCCUCCAUGUCUGAGGCAGACUGCAGACGGCUCAGCCACCUGCCGCUGUCCUCUGUGGCCGUGUACAUGUCGGAGCAGCGCAGCGCUGCAGGUCCCUCAAACAAAGUCCUGGCUAUCCUGCCUGACUUUUCCAGUGGCAUGCUGAGCUCCAAGCUGAGGGGAAGCUUCAGUGUUGGGCGGAUGCUGAACAGACAUCACCAGCCCCUCUACAGUUCCUCUGCCCAUGAUGUUGUUCUGGUUCUGGAUCCAUCACCAGAGGAGAACUUUGGACACCCUGUGGUCCUCUUUUAUGUGGACAUGAACGUGACGAAGAAGAAAUGUUCCCACCUGGAUGGGAUUUACUUGGGAGAUGAGUGUUUGACUCUGGCUUUGAAGGGUCGCUGCCAGAACCAGCUGAAGCGCCGCCAGACGGGUCCACAGAGGCUGUUUGGCAGCAGACGGGUGGCAGGUGGGACGCUGGGUGGAGGCACCGCUGGCAGCCGCCUGCUGGAACGAACCAUCGGAGGUUUCUGUGAGGUUCACUUUCUGCCACUGGUGGUUGCCGCCGGAGACAGCAGUUGGACGCAGAAACUCAAAUGUGUUGACAACCCAGAGUUUGCCAGGUGUCCCCAGCAGCUUCCCAUGAGCUCUCCCAGUCUGCCCGUAUCAAGCUGUGAGCUCAAUAAAAACACCAGGCGCUGCCACCAGCAGCCACUGGCCACUCACCUGUCCUGUCGCCUCUAUCAGACCUGUGACCAUGCUGUUCUCAUCUCAGGCGGUUGGCAGCCUCAGAUGACCUUUCAGCAUCACGCUCAGAAUCUUCAGAAGUUCUACAAAAUGCUCAGAAACAAUGGUUUCCAUAAAAAUCACAUCAACACUUUCUUCGCCAGCAGUGGACAGCUUCUAGAUGUAGAGGGCGUCUACUCAGCAACAGAGAAGGCAGUGAUCCGUAACCAUGUGUCAUACAUUUGCCGGAAGCAGCAUUGUGCCGACACUCUGGUUCUGUACCUGAACUCACCAACACGCACUGAUGGAACCAUGCUGCUGUGGGACGCCAACCUGAACGGCAUCGCUGACCUGAAGGAGCGCUACUCAGUGAGCGAACUGCUGGCUGACCUGGCCGGCUGCAGGGCCACUCGUGUUCUCCUGUUUGUAGAUCAGAGCUACAGUGGGGUCUUGUCCAAAAGGCUAAGAAGUUCCCAGAAACACCAUAAUGUGGUGUUGAUCCAGCAUCAGUCCCACCAGACCCAGAGGCUGUUCCCAGGCUGGGAUGAUAACAGCUGGUCUUCUAUCAGUGCUGCCACUUGUCUGUUAGACCACCUGCAGAAGGUUGAUGGGAUGUCUCGGCUCUUGGAGCCGUGGGCCGGCCUGUUAAACGUGACGUUGGCAGGAGCUCCGUGUAAUGCGACCCCCCCUCUUACAGACAGUGAGUUGCAGCGAGAGUAUCAGGGCUGCCAGAACCUGCCGACUGCUCUGUGGUAUCAGAAGCAUGGGAGGACCAACUGAGAGACACCAACAGACUUAUCCAAACAGGACAGGCAUGGAUGUUUUAUCUCCAGUGUAUGUUUGCCACAGGGUGUGUCUGUGUAUUUUGGUUUGGGAGGCUUAUGCUUGUUAAAACUUCAGUUUAACUGUGUUAGACACUGCUGUGUGUUUAUUUUAUGACAUGAGUCUAGUCAUCUCAGUGGGAAGCUCUGAACACCAUGUGAUCUGUGUGUGUGUGUGUGUGUGUGUGUGUGUGUGUGUGUGUGUGUGAGUGUGUGUUCACGAGUUCAGCAAAAGGACAGCCUAUCUCAAGGGCCAGCACCAGCUUACAUUAUGGUCAGAGUGUGUGUUUGUGUACAACACGUCUCGUAGGCACUUUAACAUUUUAGAUCCAAUCAUCGGCCUAUUUUUAUCCGAACACCGGUGUCCUCUCAUGAUCUUAUUUUAAUCUGCCUCUGAAUCCUGUUCACAUCUUUUUAAAUCUAACUUUUAAAUUGUUGUGUCAGCUGACCACCAUGACUUUCUUCUGAUUGCUCAGAAUUUCUUCUCUUAAAAAGACAGACAAAGUAAAAAAACUAAAAUAUAUGUAUUUACAUAGUGACUGUGGACAAUUAAUAAAACAAAAACAUUAUUAGUUUUAUUCUUUACAGAGGUUUUACAGUAAUUUCAGUUCCCUAUAUACAGCACUGGAAAAAAUUAAGAGACCACUGCACUGAAGCCCAAUGAAAACCUCAUGGUUAUUCCACCAAAUAUUAAUUUCUGAACUCUUCCUGAGUUAAAACAUUAUUGUUGUUUCUAAAUGGACAUGAACUGUUUGUGCAGGCCUUAUUUGAGGUCUGAAAGCACUGUGUAUUUCCUGUUAUUUUGACCAUUUCUCUUUU